CAGAAACACAUGCUGUUUAGAUCAGAGAUCAAACUAGUUUCAUUUAUAAGGAAGUGAAACUCAGACAGUCAUUGUGACUGAGAGGUGAAAUGGCGCAGCAAGGAGUUCAGCUGGACCGAGAAACCUUCUCUUGUUUGAUCUGUCUGGAUCUACUAAAGGAUCCGGUGGCUAUUCCCUGUGGACACAGCUACUGCAUGAACUGUAUUAAAAGCUUCUGGGAUGGAGAAGAUGAGAAGGAAAUCCACAGCUGCCCUCAGUGUAGGCAGACCUUCACACCGAGGCCUGUCCUGGUUAAAAACACCAUGUUAGCAGUUUUAGUGGAGGAACUGAAGAAGACUGGACUCCAAGCUGCUCCUGCUGAUCUCUGCUAUGCUGGACCUGAAGAUGUGUCCUGUGAUGUCUGCACUGGGAGAAAACUGAAAGCCUUCAAGUCCUGUCUGGUCUGUCUGAUCUCAUUCUGUGAGAAACACCUCCAGCCUCACUUUGAAUCACCUGCCUAUGAAAAACACAAGCUGGUGGACCCCUCCAAGAAGCUCCAGGAGAACAUCUGUUCUCGUCAUGAUGAGGUGAUGAAGAUGUUCUGCCGUACUGAUCAGCAGUGUAUCUGUUAUCUCUGCCCUGUGGAUGAACAUAAAGGCCACGACACAGUCUCAGCUGCAGCAGAAAGGACUGAGAGGCAGAGAGAGCUCGAGGUGAGUCGACAAAACAUCCAGCAGAGAAUCCAGGACAGAGAGAAAGAUGUGAAGGAGCUUCAAAAGGAGGUGGAGGCUAUCAAUCGCUCUGCUGAUAAAGCAGUGGAGGACAGUGAGAAGAUCUUCACUGAGCUGAUCCGUCUCAUGGAGAAAAGAAGCUCUGAUGUGAAGCAGCAGGUCAGAUCCCAGCAGGAAACUGAAGUGAGUCGAGUCAAAGAGCUUCAGGAGAAGAUGGAGCAGGAGAUCACUGAGCUGAAGAGGAAAGACGCUGAGAUGAAGAAGCUGUCACACACAGAGGACCACAACCAGUUUCUACACAACUACCCCUCACUGUCAGCACUCAGUGAAUCUACAUCCAGCAUCAAUAUCCGUCCUCUGAGGUACUUUGAGGAUGUGACAGUGGCUGUUUCAGAGCUCAGAGAUAAACUACAGGACGUUCUGAGAGAGAAAUCAACGAACAUUUCAGUAAUCCGCAAAUUCUACCCAGCACUACGGCAAAACCAUCCGGCUCGGCCGCUGUCUGUGUCCCUUCUACACAAUGCACAAAAUUCCACCAGAAUCCCAGCUGUACGUCCCAAAAGGGACCAAAUAGCAUCCGUCCAACAAUCACUUUUGAGUAGAAUAAUUAAAUCCCAACAGAGACUAUGUGACAGUGACAGCGACUGAAGUAGAUUGUUUUUACUUACUCCAAUUCAGAGCCCAAGGGCAGAGUUGGAUUCUUAAAAUAUUCAUGUUAAAUUCAUGUUAAAUCACACAUCACAAAAAAUAAACAACAAUGAGUCAAUAACUGUUUUUUCUAGUCACGCAGACGUAUUUACUACAUGUUGUUUGCAGGUCCAUGGAUACACUGUUGAGUUCUAUAUAUUGCUAUGAAAAUAUAAACUUCUUUUUGCUCUAAAUGUUUGUUGAAUAUUUAUAAUGAUGUAUUUGUUGUUGUUUAUCUUCCACUUUGUGUUUCUUUACAGGGAAAGCUAUUAGAUAUUUUGUUCUUAAUAUUGUUUAACUUUGUAUAAAAUCUAUUAAAACUGUUGGAAGACCAAAUGUUGUUAUUGUUCAAAUCAACAUACAAAUGAGGUUCUAUGAGGUAUAAAACUGUAAUUAUCAUGAUCAUAAUCAAUAAGGAGAUCAUUUAUUAUUGUCUUUUACAUUGCUGAGAUUUUGAUCAAACACAUUGAUUGUGUGGAUGAAGUGAAUCUGAGUCACUGAACAGACUUUACUGAUGGAUGUGUGAACAUACUGAAGGUUUAAAUCAUGAAUAAACAUAAAUAAAGUA